AUGAUGAGCACAACUCAGCUGUAUUUCAAUUUGUUACCUUCUGAUCUUUGUGCGGCUUCCAAUUUUCGACAUGCAUUCAUUUGGCUUGCUUCGAUCGAAUUAAUCUUGUCAAGCGCAUCAGCUGGUCUGUCGCUUACACUCUCAAUCGCAAUUUAUACUCACCAGAAAUUCAUUCGAUUUCAUACAAGCUUUCACCCAUUCUUACAAGCAAGCGUUUUUUUGACGUUCAGCAUCUGUUUAUUCUUCAAAGCGAUCUCUAUAGCAGGCUUAACGCUGGCAAUCUUGCUAAACGACGGGGAAAUCUUUAUCACUUGCGCUCAAGAAGAUAUUGAUGAGUUGAUGAAAAGUGACGAGUACAAGUUUUUCAAUCAUGCAGAAGCAACAGUGUAUAAUACGGAAGAACAAUCUGCUUUUCAGCGUGGUCUCUUGGUUUCCGAUCAGAUGACGUUAAUGCCAGGUCCAUACAGUUGUGGAACAGAUAGAAGAUGCUUAUAUAGAGCUGCAAGCAAUCUUGCUAUCAAGUCAGCUGAAACGCUUUCAAGCAGACCUCCUGUUGCAAUCGCUUUACGUGGCAGUCCACCGCAAGAUAUGUAUACCAAUCCAACAGAAGUAGCACGAAGAUGUUUCUCAAGAAGACAAGCAUGUUUACAUCGACUGCGCCAUAUUAUGGCCGUAUACCCAAUAUUGCAGUUGUUGUUCGGCGUUGCAUCUACUGCUUUUUGGUUCAGUAGUGAUGACAUUCACCCAGAUCCGGUCAUGAAAGCGUUUUAUUUAUCGCAGCUGCCAUCUCUCAGGCUUUUCAACAGCUAUUUGGCACUUUGGGCGAUCGGCUUGAUCAGUAUCAUGUUGUUCCUUCUGAUUGCGACGUGGCAUUAUGCAAGAGUGGAUUGGCAAAUGCAAGUCUUGGCUGUUCAUCACGUUCUCAAUUUAUCACAACAGAACCGAGAGUAUGAUACGUAUGAUGAAGAUACAGGAAUGCGCCAUACCCACAGAGCGAGAGUUACAAAGACGGAAUGUUGUCCUUCUUGUCGAAAACGUGAGCGAUCUAGAAAACAAAAGCAAAAAGAUCGGAUUCGUGAUAGUUACUCGUUACGAAAAGCAGUAAAGAAGGAAGAAAAGAUUAUUGCACGUCAAGAACGAAAGUUGGAAAGAUUGGAAAGAUUAGGGUCGAGUACAUCUCUUCGACAAGUUUCAAGAGAUGAUAAGAAUUCUUCCUGGGAUGAUGUUCAACAACAUAGAGAGGAUGCUCUGAAUUCUCUCUUACGCAAUAGUUCAAAUGAAACAAAAAUGCAAACCAUUAAACCUUCUCAACUGCUUGCAAUUCCAGCUGGUGAUGGUGAUAGAAAUAAGUCACCUUGCAAUGUGCCUGUUUCACCAACCGGACUGUCAAUCGUCAUGUCAGGUGGAUUGGCUGUUCUGCCUGCAAAGAGUAAAGGUAGCUAUGGAACAUUUGGUCAUCGGACAUCGGACACUCUCUCCUCUGAUGAAUCUUAUUUCGGUCAUCAACCAGAAGGACCACCCAUUUUGCGAACACAUACGUUUGAUAUUGAUGAUAUCGAAGGAGCAAGAUGGUCCGGAGGGAAUGUCACUGUUGGAGAAAGGCCAUCAAGACCUUUGACUGCAGUGAUUGCGCCAAGCAAUAGCGAACAAGUGAAAAAGCCAAGACCGAAGUCAAUCUUACAAGCAGAUUCCAGACCGAUCAGUACUCGAAAGCAGAAACAUGUCACUUUCCCAGCGAAGAUGGAAAGUGCUGAAGGUGGAAAUACUGCACACAAUGUAAGACCACCGCCAAAGGCUGUGCUUCCGUGA